UGAAUCAAAAGAAGCCCACCAUCAAGGUUGGAAGAGAAAGUAACAUAUUAUUCACUAUGCUUGAAUAAUAGUCAUCAGUACAUUCAUGCAAUUUUUAAUCUUUUUCUUCGAAAGGUGACACGUUUUGAAGAGUUUCCUUCACAUGACAUGCCAGAGUGUUGGUUAGUGAGAGUUCCAGUGCCAAAAAUGAUCAGAAAGAACUGAAAAAAAUGAAUCUUUUGUGGAUUACCAUAUGUGUAUUUUAUGCUAGUUACUCAGCAAAGUGUCAAGAAGAUGAUGAAGGCCCCUACAAAGGCAAAUAUCUUGGAAAAUUGAACUCCUAUCACCACCAAGUUAGUGGCGAUAUUUACGUGAUUGAUGAAUAUUCCAUUCUCUUGUCAUCAUUCAGCUAUGAUGGAAAUGGUGCUGACACAUUUUUCUGGGCAGGGGCGUCCAACAGGCCUGGCCCCCAAGGGUUCAUAGUGCCUGAUGAAUAUGGGCACACUAACGUCUUAGAACGCUAUUUGAACAAGGAUUUAACCCUUUCCCUACCCGACAAGAAAAAAAUCACGGAUAUCCGAUGGUUUGCAGUAUACGACAUUUGGAGUCAGAAUACUUUCGGCGAUAUUUACAUCCCUGAAGAAUUCGAACCACCCACGAUUCAAACCGUCGGUCAGUUGACAGGAAAAAAGAACAAUGUGUCUUCUGGCGACAUACAAAUUUUGGACGCGAAAACCCUAAAAAUAAAAUUUUUUGAGUACGAUGGGAAGGCUAAGGAUGCUUACUUUUGGGUAGGGGUUGGACCACAGCCAGGACCAAAGGGCUACAAGGUACCUGAUGAGAAAGGAUACUUAGAACCGAUAAGGAGCUAUAAAGAGCAGACCAUAAUUCUGGAACUCCCUGGUGACCUCACAAUUUUCACUAUUGAUUGGUUCAGUAUAUACGACCAUAGUACCAACGAAAAUUUAGGUUCUUUCAUAGUGCCAGAUGGUCUAAAUGUUCCACCGUCUUUAGUCAAAAUAAUAAGCCAUAAGAAUGAGUUACCAAACUGCCUUCAACUCCAUAAAGAUUUUCAAGUAUCUUGGGAAAUUUUCGGGCCACAAAUCACUAUCCAGUUGGCUGGAAACGUGGCUGAAAACGAGUACAUGUCUUUUGGCAUAUCAGGGUCUCCUAGCCAAAGUCAAAUGUUGAACUCGGAUGUUACUGUGGCCUACAUAGAUGGAUACAGAGGGUUUGCAGCUGAUUAUAACAUUUCUGCGUUAACACCGUGUGUCAAGAUUCUGGGACAGUACAAGGGAGUUUGUAAGGAUGAAUUGGUUGGUGGUCAAGAUAACAAUCAACUUCAUACAGCUGUCAGAGAAAAUGGAAUUAAUAUAAUAACUUAUCGAAGAUUUUUGAUAUCGCCGGAUAGUGGCGACAAAGAGUACCAAACAGACCAGCCUUUGUACGUAAUUUGGGCCUUGGGUAAAUUAGACAAAAACAAAGAGCCAGCUUUCCAUGACAAGUACCCCAAAGCGAACAUCUCAAUUCAGGUGAACCCCAAAGAACCAAAAAACAAUUGUUUCGCCUUUACCAGAGACGAAACCGGCAGAAAAAACAAGACGGAAAUCUGGGAUAAAGGCGAGCUAGACGGCAAGGCUUCCAGAGUGUUCAACGCCUAUCUUGGUCCAUCCGGAGGCGUGAAAGGAUACCAAGGGUUGACAGGACAACCUCCGACUGCCUUGGCUUGGUACAUCAACGGCAUGCUAGUGCCAGAAAUUUGGCUCAGGAGAGGUUUGACCUACGCUUUCAGGGUUUACGGGGGUAAUAAUCCCCAUAUGGCUGAAUUGUACCAUCCCUUGAUUAUAACAGAUGAGCCUCACGGUGGUUUCGAUAAGUUGACUGAUGAGCAGCAGUCCAAGAUAAGGGUUUUGGCCGGAAUCGAGUAUUCCAGAAGGGGAAGACCAAGACCAACUUCAGCUGGUCCCUUGUGCCUUGCCCGUCAUGCGGAAGACAGAGAUAGAAGGUUAGACGAUGAUUUUCCAUCGUUCAAGAAAUACAACCGUUCCUUGGUUUAUACCUGCGAAAAGGGAGAUCCGGCCAUUUUGGAAUUCACACCAAACACUUCCUGGCCAGACAUCGUGUACUACAAUUCCUUCACUCAGUCGAACAUGGGAUGGAAGAUACAUAUCAUAGACACGUUCUCGAGCUUCUCAAAAUCAAAUGGAAUCCCUCGAUGUGCGUUGUCGUAUGUCUUUAUGACUAUAUCUUUAUUUGUUUGUCAUUUGAGAUUAUUCAACUGCUUAUAGAAAUCUUCUUAGUGUUAUUUUAUUUAUUUUGAGGAUGUGUUGCGCUGUGACAAUUGAGAUUAUAAUUGAGUUAAUAAUAAAUGUGUACUGUGUA